GUUCACUUAUAAUGGCGGAUAUUCAUCCGCAUAUGAAAUAGUUCGGGGAAAAUUUUCUCUGAGUCACUAAGAGAAACAAAAUGCCGGUAACAGAUCCCUCAAAAAUACAGAAGGUGGUUGUCCAUCCCCUGGUUUUAUUGAGCGUGGUUGACCAUUUCAACAGAAUGGGCAAAGUUGGAAAUAUGAAAAGAGUAGUUGGUUGCCUACUGGGUUCAAAUCGUGCUGGUAUCUUAGAUGUUUCAAACAGUUUUGCAGUUCCAUUUGAUGAAGAUGAAAGAGAUAAGAAAGUAUGGUUUUUAGAUCAUGAUUAUUUAGAGUGUAUGUACGGCAUGUUUAAGAAAGUAAAUGCAAAAGAAAAGAUAGUUGGAUGGUAUCAUACAGGACCCAAACUUCAUCCUAAUGAUAUAACUAUUAAUGAAAUGAUGAGAAGAUACUGUCCAAACUCUAUCUUAGUUGUCAUAGAUGCUAAACCUAAAGAUUUAGGAUUACCAACCGAAGCAUAUAUUGCUGUGGAAGAGGUUCAUGAUGAUGGAACACCAACCAGUAAGACGUUUGAACAUGUACCUAGUGAUAUCGGUGCUGAAGAAGCAGAAGAAGUUGGUGUAGAACAUCUCUUGAGAGAUAUUAAAGAUACUACAGUAGGAACAUUAUCACAGAGAAUUACCAAUCAAUUGAUGGGAUUAAAGGGUUUACAUGGACAUAUUAAAGAUAUUAGUUCAUAUUUAAAUAAAAUAUCAACUGGUCAACUUCCUAUUAAUCAUCAAAUUAUUUAUCAUUUACAAGAUGUCUUUAAUUUACUGCCAGACGUCAAUUUACAAGAUUUUGUGAAAGCUAUGUAUGUGAAAACAAAUGAUCAAAUGUUAGUUGUGUACAUCGCAUCAUUGAUUCGUUCCAUUAUUGCCUUACACAAUCUCAUAAACAAUAAAAUUCAAAAUCGUGAUGCAGAGAAAAAUGAAUUUAAGGAUCCAAAGAAGGAUAAAAAAGAUGACAAAGACAAGAAGGAUGAGAAAAAGGAUGGUAAAGAUGACAAAACAAAGGACGAGAAAACAAAAGACGAGAAGAAAGAAACCAGUACUAAGAAGAAAUAAAAUUUGAAUUAGAAUUGUUCUGUCUAAUAGUUCCUUCUGUAAAUUUAUCAUUAUAUAUUGUUAAACAAUUCAUGGUUGAAUUCAUUUGUAUUUAUACCACUCAAAUAAUAUUGUUCUUCUUUGAACUCAGAUACCCCAAGCUCCAAACUUUUAAGUCUGAAACAUAAACAUUUCUAAACUA